CUUCAGAAUAUUAACAAGAACUUCAAAAUAUUUUUCUGGACUAUAAAGAUAACAAUGACCUCAGUUUCGGUCGGCCUUGGACUAUUCUACGUAAUAGGUCUCCAGACGGUAUUUAGUGAGCUACUAGACGCCAUAGUUCACAAAGAGCCAAUAUGUCAGCCGGGAGGCACUAUGGCUGUGAACGUUAGCUACCUACGAGAUGGCAAGAUGUCCAGUUUUUCCAAGGAGUUCAACCUGACCUCAGAUGGAUCGGUUGUUGGCGACUGCAACAAAGACCUUGUUCAUAUCCUCUUGAAUUCGGACGAUGGGAAAAUAACGUUUGAUCUGCAAUUUGAAAACAUAAACACUACGAAGGGCAAACGCAUCUUGAUUCUACACGAUGUUACAAUGUACAGUGUGCAUAAUAACACUCACUACGAGCGAACGGAUAUACAAAAGCGGGACGAGGAAAGCGAGGAUUUGGUGUUCAAAGCGACCGUGAACGCAUCACGGUGUGACCGAAAGGAGAAGAUUGUGUAUCGCUCCACGCAUGCGCAAGCCUCAAUGGUGUUCACCCAGGUCCGACUCGCACCUCUGAGGUCUUUUGACGACUUCCCAUUGGACGAUGAGGCCGAUCUAUGUCCGCAUGAUUUGACGCCGGGCCCGAAACAAAACCCACACGGGCAUAUCUUGGUCCCCGUACUACUAGGAAUUUCUCUUAUGCUCGUAGUGGUGUUGUUAGCGACUGGAUACUUUGUUCACAAGAAGAUCGAGGGGAUGGGAUAUAUCAACAUGCCAUGAAAGGACGGAUAUCGGUGCUGUGAUUCGCCAGUUAUCUAGUGAAACUAGAAACAUACUUAUGGUCAUCUUCCAAAACAUUGUCAAAUCUGUGUGUGUCACAAAAUAAUAUGAAAUUCAAGAUCCCAGUUGUGCUUGGAAAAUUUGGUUUUUGAAGUUUGCGGUCCGACAAUGGUUGGAGAAGCAGAGCAAAUACUAGUAUGCAUGUUGAAAUAUCAUACCAUGUUGGAUAAGCGUUAGACCAGAAAUGUCACAAC